GCGCGACGCGUAUAGCUACCAAGCUACUCCGGCUGACCAGUCACACCGUCCGCGACCUUCUAUAGCUCACCACGGCACAAAUAUUCUCGCGCGCGCUCGCUUUAUAUUGUAUACAGUGUAUACCUAUAGUGUCGGAUAUACACAGAGCAGCAGCAGCAGCGAAAGACGAGGAAGUCAUAUCGUCGUCGAGGCAGCUGUAUUUGGAGCGGAGAGGAAACGGCAAUUACGAUGCGCCGAGCAGCGUACUAUUUACGCUGAAUAUUGCAUGAGGAGCUUCCGAGCAUCACGGCUAGCUGUUGCUGCCAGGCGUCAGCAGUCUAACCUAAAUCACAACCAAGGCUCGCCGUACAAGAACUGUAUCAAUGGUAAACAUACCAUUAGUAACGAUGGAUGAUUAUGGGCUACUGGAGCCAACAGAUGUUGGUACAAUGACCAUAGACUACGAUCCAAAGGAAGAAUGCAAGAGGCGAGUGACUCGUUGGGACCCGGAAGAAGUAGUUUGUAUGUUGACCUUGAUAAAGGAGCACAACUUUGUUAGCAGAUACUCUGUUAACAAAAUGUCCGCAUUGCUCAGUCAAUUGAUGCUCAAGAAAGGUUGGAACCGCACUGAAAGACAAGUACACCUGAAACUAACAAUGCUGAGGAAGAAUUUUCUCGCAUGUGAACGACAAAAAUUGCUGACGGGUGUCCUAAAAGAAUGUCCAUUCUAUAGGGAGCUCCGUGAGAUUUAUAGAGAUGCCAGUAACUCAAAUGGCAUUGAUUCAGAAGACUAUGACACCAGCAGUCAAGAAGAAUUUCUAGUAAAGUUUCCUAGUGAUCCAAUUGACUGGUCCAAGGGGGAAGUUCAGAAGAUGCUUAACUUCGUCAAGUCUAUGAAGCUGAAAAAUGAACUGACCCUUACUUUUUUCUCUCCAGUUGCUGUGAAAAUGAUUGCUGAAGCAAUGCAAAAUGCUGGCUUUGACAGAAGUACAGAACAAGUUAAAAAUGCACUGAUAAAUUUAAGGACUAUGUACAUAGAUUAUAAAAUAGGUUUUGAUAAUAACGAAAAUCCUGCAGAGUGCAUGUUUUAUUCAAGCUUGGACUUAUUUUGGGGUAGAGAGUACAAAAAGUGUCGUUUAAAAGAGAAAAAGAAGUCAAGGUCUGAUGAUUCCUGGUCUACUGAGGAGACUAUAGUGCUUUUAACAUUGAUACAGGAUUUAAAUAUUGCCGAAGAUGCUUAUAUUAAUACCGAAAAAGCUGCUGAAGAAUUGAGACAGAGUCUAGCAGAAAAUGGUUACUGUAGAUCCAACCAACAAAUUAUGAGUAGACUCGAUCAACUGAAAUUAGAAUUUGUCAGUGUGGAUCAAACAAAUGCAGAGUCUGAAGCAGUUCAACAGUUCCCCUUUUAUAAUUUGUACAGAAAACUGUUUGAACGACAGUUCAGUCGAGAAAUGAUGAAUCGAAUAAACCUGUCAUCAGAUGCAGAAAAAGAUUCACUAGAAUUGAUGGAAUUCAAUAACGGAAACGAUAAAGAAUCGUCUGAGAAUCAUAGCAAAGGUGUACUAUGGUCAAAAGAUGAAGUAAAACUUCUUUUAAAGACGGUUAAGGAAUUGACUUCAAAAAACCACUCGAACGAGAGUUUGGAAGACGAAAAACUACAAAGACUAGUUCAAGUUUUGCAUGAGGCUGGUUUCCAUAAGACUGGUGAGCAGAUCAAGCGAAAAUUAACUCUGCUCAAAAAUUCCUAUCAAAGAUGCAACCAAGAAGAUAGCUGUGAAAAAGAUAUUUUUGAAUGUCCGUUUUAUAAUGAGCUGCACGAUAUUUUUCAUACGCCCGUUUCUGAUGAAAGGUACGAAUUUAUACAAAAUCUAUUAACGGAAAAUUGUGAUAUGAAUACAUCAAAAUUCCCCGAUCAUAGUUACACGAGCAUAAAAUUUGGCAACUCAUCUAGCGAAAGUAGAGUAAACGACAAGGUCACUGUGAUACCUAAUAAAUGUAUAGAUACUUGGUUUCCCGUUGAAAGUAUUAUUGAUGAAGAUGGUAUAACCGCUUCGUCAACUCUCGACUUCGGUAAUUUAAGCGCCGUUUCUAAUAAGGAACAAGAGCAAGUUAUCGAAGAUGCUAUUCUGGCCACUCUACCUAAUAAUAAUAGUGAUACAAAGGAUGAGAAUCGCACAAUACCAGAAGGUGAUAAUACUUUUGAAAAUAAAGUCAUCACAGUCGUAGAAGAGUGCGUUCCGCCCAUAAUAAAUGACGUUGCUCUGGACCAAGAAGUCAUUACCUCCGGUUCAUGCGAGGAAAAUAAUGUAGAUUAUUCGAAAUAUUUCAAAUAUGAGGAUACGGACAGGCCAGUAUAUUCUGCUACAACACCAUCUGUUUUAUCCGGUGACGAUGAGGGACCACCUCCUAGCAAAAAGCUAAAGAUCACCGAGGAUGAGAAGAUCACUGGCAAGAACAAGUUUCUCCUACGACCCGUGGAGAUGAAUCCUUCAUCGUUGACGGGAAUGGCAAACACCACGAACACCAAGUUCGUACGUCUGAUUGUCGCGAAUGAUCUAAAUAAGAGUCGAGUCAAUCACAUCACGGCUCACAUCGAGCCGAUAAAUAUUAAUACGGCAAGUUCCGUGAGUUCAGGUAUGAGCUCACCGGUCGAGCGAGCUGAUAUCCUCAAGCUGGCAGCUGAGAAGGUUUUGACAAAAGAAGAUUUUGAUAUACACAAACUGGAGAACGAAGCAGGUGCGAUUAGUUCGAAAAAAGACUACCAGUAUAAUGGAGUGAAUGGCUGUUCGUCAAGCACGAAAUCUGGUAACUUCGAAGAGAAAAUUUCGAAAACGAUUCAAGAAGCUGUUCAAACCAUGAUGAAACAUGACGAAUUGAUGCAGCAGAAGCAUCAUGCAUGGAUGGAGAAGCAGUUCGAGAUACAGCGAAAGCACGACGAAAGUCAUAAAAUGAUACUGAUGAAUGAACUAAAAGAAUUGCGAGGUGUCAUGACGGUUCUGCUUACAGACAAGCAACUCCACGCCAAUAACCAGAAUCGAUAGACUUACAUUUUUUAUAAAAGACAAAACAAAAUAAUUUUAAAUACGAAUUGCCAAGCUUUAAAUAUUGUACAAAACCCAACUUGUAAAUACGAAGCUUAAGUUAUACUUAAAUUAAAAAUUCAAGUUUAAAAAGUGCUUAUAAAAUACGUAAUUUUUACAAUUUUUACUAUGUAAAGAGUUUUGUUCUAUUUUUUUUAGAAAAAAAAAGUUAAAAUUAUAUAUUUUUCGUAUGCAACGGAAAACAAGUUUUUGAUGUUGUUCCGUUAAUGAAGAAAUAAAACAAUGUUUUCUUUCUUUAUUUUGUUAAUUUUUAUUUAUAAAAAAAAAUUAAAGAAAAUGUUGUUUUUUCUCAGUAAUACCUAUUUGUUAUCCCAUAAACACGUUUAAAAUGUCUAAUAUUUAAUUUCUCGUCUCGUUUUCUUAAAAUUAAAAGUUUUAAGCAUUACAUUCAUUAUUGAUAUAUGCAAUAAUAGUAACUACGCAAACUAUACUCGUGUAACUGCCAAAAUGUAUAAAUAAAAAAAUGGAUUUUCCUUAAA